CGGAGGAAAGAUCAUUAUAUAGGUUGUUUGGUUACGAAGUCAACAUGGUGUCGUCCGUUGUGUUUGUGAUACAGAUUUGCUUGAUACAGUAUGCAUUCAGUCAACCAUCAAAUGUACCAGCGAUGACCAACAUUGGCCAAGUUGGUACCAAUGCUCGUAACACCCCUUUGGAAGGGCUAGGGCUGUUACCAAGAUUGGAUCCUGCCCUAGUCAAAACGUUAACGAAGGGUCCAGUAGCAUGCACCCUGUUACCUAUACUAGAGCCUGGCCCUGUCAACACAUCAACAAAAAACUUGGGUACACCCAAAACUGCCAUGCCAAGAACACCUUCAACUGAAGCUCGCAACGCCCAAUUAGAAGGUAUUCUACCCACACUGGAGCCUGGUUCAGUCAUCGACACAGCGAAAAAGAUUCCAGGAGUAUCAAAUCUGUUACCAAUUUUGGAGCCUGGCCCUGUCAGCAUAUCAACAAAAAACUUGGGUAUGUCUAAAACGGUCAUGCCCAGAACACCUUCAACUGAAGCUCGUAACGCCCAAUUAGAAGAUGAAAUUACCUCUCAAGGAUCUGGCUUAGUCAAAGAUACGCUAGCCAAAGUACCUGGCGUACCUAAGACCCCAAUCAACCCUUAUAAACCUUUAUUGGCAAAUAACAACGCUUUCAUGAACCCAAGCAUGGCAAACAUUGGUUUAGGCAUCGGUGUCUCAAGACAAGCGGUAAAUGGAGCUCGCAAUGUCCAAGUAAAAGGUCAAUUACCCAUAUUGGAAUCUGGCCCAGUCAUUGAAACAUCAACGAAGGUCCCAGUAGUACCAAUCCAACACAACACUUACGGUUCACACAUAGUACCAAACAGUAACGAUUUCAUGCUAACCAACUUGGGUAUUUCCAAAACUGUCAUCCCAAGAACAUCUACAAAUGGAGCUCGCAACAUCCAAGUUGAAGGUCAAAUUACAAGUCAGGGAUCUCACAUUGUUAAGGACACUUUAGCAAAGGUUCCUGAGGUGCCUAAGAAUCCGAUUAACCCAUAUAAAUCCUUAAUGGCAAACAACAACGCUUUUAUGAACCCAAGCAUGGCAAACAUUGGUUUGGGCAUCGGUGUGUCAAGACAGGCUUCCAACGGAGCUGGUAUGCCAAUGCCAAGCCAAAAGUUUAAUGGAGCUGGGAUGCCAAAGGUGGCACAAGGCCAAUGGUCUGGCACUGGCGCAGUAGCUGGCGUCAGUGACGAAUUGCCAAUGAUGUGGCAGAAUUUCCGUAAAACGUCGCGCACCAAUAACUGGUAAGGGGUUGUUUAAUGCCAAAGUACCGUUUGGCGACGACAUCACAAUUACUGGUAUCUGUGCCAAAGUAUGGCGACAAACCCUAUAGAUAUUAAGUUUAAUUUAUUUUCGAAUAUUAUUUAUUUAUAUUUUGUAACUAUUUUUAUUUUAAUA